AACCAAAACCAAAAACAAAGCUUCUUUACAACUAUGGCUCGAAACUGUAUUUUUCUCCUCUCCCUUUUGAUAACACUUGCAGGCCUUCACGCCGCGCAUGCAGUCGACUACACAGUCACCAACAACGCCGCAUCAAGCGCCGGUGGCAUCCGAUUCAACAACGACAUCGGAGCAGACUAUAGCUUGCAAACACUAAGCUCUGCGGCCGACUUCAUAUGGAAAGUCUUCCAGCAAAGCACAGAUGCGGAUAGAAAGAGCGUAGCCAAAGUCAGCUUGUUCAUCGACAACAUGGACGGCGUGGCGUACGCUAGCAACAACGAGAUUCAUGUUAGCGCCAGUUACAUAGCAGACUACUCAGGCGACGUGAAGAAGGAGAUUACAGGUGUGCUUUACCACGAAUCGACGCACAUAUGGCAGUGGAAUGGAAAUGGUCAAGCCCCAGGUGGGUUGAUUGAAGGAAUUGCAGACUUUGUGAGGUUGAGGGCUGGGUAUGCACCGAGUCACUGGGUUCAACCAGGUGAAGGGGAUAGGUGGGACCAGGGUUAUGAUGUUACUGCCAGGUUUUUGGAUUACUGUACUAGUUUGAAAGAUGGGUUUGUUGCAGAGUUGAACAACAAGUUGAAGACUGGUUAUAGUGUUAACUACUUUGUUGAUAUUUUGGGGAAGAAUGUUGAUCAGCUCUGGGCUGAUUACAAGGCUAAAUAUGGCAAAUAGAGGUAGCUAGACUUAUACCCAAUAAAUUAAUCAAGACUGAUUUGAAUGAAAAUAAGAUCUUCUAUAAUUGUAUCAGAUAAAGAAAUUAUUGUAUCAAUAAAUAUGCACGAAUUGUAGCAUUCAAAAUUA